AUGGAGGGGGAAUCUAGUCUCAAAUAUGAUAAAACUUCAACAAGAAAGCGUACUAGAGUUGAGGGUGAAAAUGCAGAUACCAAUAGCGCUAAGAGAAAGAUACAAAACAAUAAUGUUGUGCUUGGUUUACCAGACACAGAUGGUAAGGAAAGUUCUAAAUGCAUAGCUAAACAAGGAGAACAAGGUUGGUAUACAGAUAUAGAAAUAUUCCAGAAGCCAUUAACACCAAGCGAUUUAGGCGCACGUAAUAGGUUUUGUAUUCCAAAAAAGAAUGCACUACAAGAAUUUCCUCUCGUAAAUCACGAGGAAAAUAAAGAAAGGGUAGAUGUUAUCCAAAUGGAAUUCUUGGAUGGCCGAUCGUCAAAGAAAUUAUUGAAGUUCGAAUAUUGUUAUCAGAAGACAAGUAAAAUUUUUGUUUUAUCUACAGGAUGGAAAAAUUUCGUAAAAAAUAAAGGCUUACGGAAAGACGAUAUUGUUAUAUUUUGGAAAAGGUAUGAUAUCGUCGAUUUCAACACUGAGCCUAAAAUAUCUUUCAUAAUUGAAGUUGUACGACAUUGCAUGAAAGACGAUACUCGUAUAAAAGAAGCAAAAGGUAAGAAGAAUGUUAGUGAAAACAAGGGAAGGAAGAAGAGAAGCAAUUCCAUAAGAUUGUUCGGCGCUGAAAUUUAA